UUGGCUCGGACGUCAGUUUGUGAGAUUUCUCCUCAUAGGUUGAGGCUGCGUGUUGGAUCCCGAGGAGCGGAGCCUGAGUCGGUGCGGCGGGUGGUGGUGCAGCAGAGCGCAGGUCUGGAGAUCUCCAAGCGCCUCCUAACUGCUAUGCGCUCACAUACAAAGCAGAGAGCUCGGCUCCCACAAGCGGGAACUAUCGACUGAUCUCUAGGUCUGGGGGAGAAGAAAAGAGGGACUUACCGUCCUCUUGGCAGGUCUACUUUUGGGAGCAAGACAUGAGGAUGCUUUGGUCAUGGGUGCUGGAGAAGAACCGUGGAAAGCUUUCCUUUCCGUGGAGAGCUUAAUAUACUCGUCUUUUGCUUUAGCGAAGUUUCGUUUUGACUUAAAGCAAAUCGGAAAAUAAGGAGUGAGGAUUUUUAAAUGUAUUGAGAGACCAGUCUGUGGGCGAGAGUGGGUAUUGUGUCCAUCACACGUUGGGAUUGUACGCUUAUUUUUGUGCUGCUUAAUCUACGGUGUUUGGAGUUACGAUCCGGGGGAUAUUUUUUUUUUUGGAGACUACCCGCAACGUUUGGGAAAAUCAAACCCUUAACCACACUCUUCGGUGAUUUGCUCGCUAUGGAGAUGUCUAUUUUAUAAGUAUUAGAGGUCAAAUGACCACUUCCAGUUGUUCUUUAAUUUAAGUAUCCUAUUUAUGAGAUGGAAAAACAGGGAAUCUACGGCGUCAUCUAUUAUCUGAUGCUGAAUGCACCCCUGUUAUUUUAUGUAAACGCCACGUUUACUGAAGUGCCCAAAGAUGUGAGUGUCGGGGAGGGUGAGGACAUCGAGAUGCCUUGCGCUUUUCGGGCUGUGGGCUCCACGCCGUUCUCCUUAGAGAUCCAGUGGUGGUACCUGAAAGAGGCAGCACCCAGAGACCUGGCGCACGAUCUCCAGAUCAGUGCCCCUGCUAACAGACCCAAGGCAGCUGCUCGGGAUCCGACAAAAAUAAGUACUGUCAGGGUGCAGGGGAAUGCCAUCUCUCACAAGCUGCGCCUCUCCAACGUACGCAAGAUGGACGAGGGUGUAUACGAGUGCCGGGUGUCCGGCAACAACGCCGACGAAACUCAGGAACAUAAGGCGCAGGCCACGCUACGAGUGACACCCCGGGACGGCAUGGUGGCAGAGGAGGCUGUGUCCCACAUACAGAACAGGUGGCCCCUACGGAGCAACGUCAACGCGGCCGGGGGCCGGGCCACCUCUGAGCCGGGUCAGGGAAAGCCCCGCGUACUGCCACCCCCAGCAGGACCGGGCCCCGCCCCUGCCUCCACCACCACGGCAGCCUCUGCAGCAAAGUCCUCGGCUUCGCCCCGACCUGGCAACGCAGCCAUCCUCCGGCAGCAACAUGGAGCUGGCUCUGGCGCUAUCACCACCACGGACCCCCUCCUCUACAUCACCCUGUUGAUCCUGCAUAAGCUCCUCCCCUUCCUGUUUGCUCACUGAGAGACGCCACCCAGAAAGACGUCCUACGACCUUUUCACUUAAUGUACCAAACGAUUAAAGGGAAUAUAUAUAUACAUAUAUAUACUCACAUGGCACAGCACUGGACAAGACAAGGGGGGAAAAAAAAAUGACCUCAAGAGGAAAAGAAACUGCAGCCUACUAACCGGGACUCGAGAAGGAGCAACCGGGAAAGAACGAUGUAACCAGACUAUAUAAGAAGCAUGACAAAAAAAAAUAAAGGAUUCUUUGUGAAUAUGAGCUUCACACCUGUGUUACACACAACUGACACUCAUGAAUCGAUGCAUCAAUUUUCCAAAUACUAGUGUACGCCCUGCUGUGUGCAUGGCAACCAUUAUUUAUUUUCCUGUAAGUACAUUUGAUUUUAUAUUUUCUAAACUGUUUUAUUUGGUCUUUUAUUCGUAAAGAGCUCCCGUCCCUGUGAUUUUUAAAAAAUCGGUUUUGUUUUUGCAUGUACCGUUGAGUCGUUUGCCAUCGUUUUCCUUUCCGUUUUGGUUCCCGAUCGAGGAUCAUGGCCUUGUUCCACAUCUGGUGAGCUCACGUAGUCCGUUUUGGGUUUCCACAUUGUCCCCCGGGCCGUUUUUUUGAGGCACUCUUCGUUACGUAAACAGAUAUGGCCGUAUAUAUUUUGAUGAAGAGAGAGAGGCACACCAUAGUCGUCGUUAGUCACCUGUUUAUUAUUUUUUUUAAAGAUAUGGUGAUUGAGGUAUGACAUCCAUUUAUAAAGAGUAUUGGUAUGUUGGCGACGCCAGUUGAAAUAAAGGUUGUUUUUUUUUUAAUAAACCGACCCUGUAAGUGUGAUGGUUGUACAGUGAAUUUCUCGGUCCAACUGCGGUAAUUAAACAGCAAAAAAAAAAAAAGAAAUCAAUUAAAACUUCAGAAAGGAUUUUUUAAUAAUGGGAAAUUGC